UCUGGGGUUUUCCCCUUUUUCCCUGUGUGAAAAUGGCGGCUGUGGUGGGAUUCGGAUUCCGUCCGUACGACGAGGAGCUGGUCAACGAUUACCUCAAUGUCAUGACUCUCGGACUGACUGAGCUCGUCGACAACGCCAUUAGCGAGGUCAACAUCUACAGCUUCGAUCCAUGGGAGUUGCGAUUCCAGUCGAGAAUUGAUACGAGCGGUGAUUCUGUGUGGUAUUUCUUCUACCGGCUGGAGAAUAAGAAGCUGCAGAGCAGAAAAACGAGAUCUGGGUUCUGGAAAAAGACAGGACCUACUUUGGAUAUCAAACGCAGGAGAGGAAUUCGUGAUAAGAUUGGUGAAAAGAAGGUUUUGGUGUUCCAUUUAGGCAGAACUCCGAACGGUGUCGGAACUGAGUGGGUUAUGCACGAGUAUCACACCACGUUCUUCCCUGCUGAUCAGAGGACCUAUGUUAUAUGCAAAGUGGAAUUCAAGGGUGAAGACUUGGCAAUUCCAUCUGCUAAUGGAGCUGAGCCAAGUCGCUCUUUGAACAAUGUUGGAGAUUCGAGUACAGGCUCUGUGGUUGUCCAACAAGAUCACGGAAAUUCGUGGCAAGCGGGCCAAUCGCAGGGUUCAGAACAGUUUGGUGGCAGCCUUAGCAGGCAGCCACAAUCUCCUAACUUGGAUUUUGAAGGCAUGAGAAACUUUGUUGGGAAUCUAACAGAAAAGGAAUGGAAUCUCCGAUUUAAAAACUCCGAGAUAGAUUCUUACAAUGUUAUGCAGGAGGAUUACAACGGUUACAGGCCACAUAAGUCUUUGACAGGUUUAUGUUCCGAUUGUAGCAGCGACAGUGACGAUGAAUCAUCAUCUCCAACUGAUCACAAAGAAACCAGGGCUUGGAAUGUCGAUGGUGCUAGUACUACGAAUGGACAAUGUCAGGCUGAAAAGAAGAACAUUCGGACACCAAGUACGGACCAUCAGGCAGAAGGGCAUCCAAGGCGGUUGCAGUUGCAGGGUAAAUACCAAAGGGUGAUGAUGCCUCCACAAGAAAAGGGGGAGAAUGAUUACAUGCAACAGAUGGAGAAGGAGAUGAAAACGGCUCAAGACACAAGUAUCAAGGGAAAAUCACAUCGUAAGGGAUGUCUUGUCUUUGAGGGAGCAACGGACAAAAGUCGAAACAAUAAACUCAUCAACACCAUCGUAGGCUUCAUCCUCUUCCUUCUCAUCAUUCGUGAGCUCACAUCCGUUCGCUAAAGCCCUUUUUUUUCUUCUUCUUCUCUGUUUUCUUGCCCAUUUUGUGUCACUUCAUGUUCAUAUUCCCUCCCACAAAAAAUUUAAAAAAAAAUGAAAAACGAAAAAAAAAAAAAAAGUGUAAGUGUGUAAGUGUGUGUGUGUGUGUGUGGAGUUGGUGGAUGUUAUGUUUGGCGGCGGCUAUGGAAAGUAGU